AACGUGGCGAGAUCGUACGAGACCUCCACGCUGUAAACAACAUGGAAGAAGUUUGAAGUUUCCGGAAAUUCUAUUCAUCCUUUAUCAUUUUGGCGUGUGAUAAAUUAGUAUUUGUAGAUCAAUAUGGGACUUUGUAAAUGUCCGAAAAGGAAAGUAACCAAUCUUUUCUGCUUUGAACAUCGUGUAAAUGUUUGUGAACAUUGUUUAGUAGCAAAUCAUCCGAAGUGUAUUGUACAAUCUUACCUACAAUGGCUACAAGAUAGUGACUAUAACCCGAUUUGCAAGUUAUGUAACCAAGCAUUAGGAGCUGAAAAUGCAGAAUGUGUACGACUGGUUUGCUAUGAUAUAUUUCAUUGGAAUUGCAUAGACAGAUAUGCUCGAAGUUUACCACCAAACACAGCACCAGCCGGUUAUACUUGCCCAACAUGCAACACCGGAAUAUUUCCACCAGCAAAUAUGGCUUCUCCCAUAGCAGAUGUGGUAAAAACAUUCUUAUCACGUGUCAACUGGGCCCGAGCUGGAUUAGGGCUGCCAUUGAUUGAAGAAGCAGAAGCACCAGUUUCUAAUACUCCUGUAGUCAAAACAGAACAAAGUCCCCCACUCACUUCAACACCUUUUCCAACGCCAAAUCAGCAGACCCGCCCUAGUGCACAGGUGCCACCUUACAGUAGUACACCUACCAACCCCAACCCUCACAGUGUUAUAAGUGUUGACGCUGGAGCUAGUUCCAGAGGCCUUGGAACAGGACAAAACAAUCCAAGGAAAUUAUUUGAUACUACAACAGAUGAUGAUAUUUUUAAUAUGUCACAUGACCAUGAUGAAGAUAAAUAUAAAAGACGUCCAGCAUUCCAUUGGUUAGCAAAGUGGUUCAAGACCACAGAUUCAAGAAAAAGAAAAGAUCCAAAUGCAGUUAUGAAGAAAUUUUUAGUGGUUCUUGGAAUUGGAAUUAUUUCUUUCCUUACACUUAUUAUUAUAUUCUCUAAAUUAGGACAUGAAGUGGCAGAAAAUGAUCCCAACUUAGAUCCAAUGGCAAAUCCCAAUAUCCGAGUUAAUGAGAAGAUUGCAGUUGAUCACAAUUAAUUAAUUCUUAGGUGUAAAUUAUUAUAAUGGUGUUGUUUGUUCAUUGCAAGAAAGAUAAUAGUAUGGGAAGAGAGCUAUAUUGUUUUUACCUUGCCUAACUAAAAUCUAAUUUAUUUUUUGGGGACAAGUUUUGUGCAUGUUGUCUUAGCUAGCCUUAGAUAAGGCUAUUUAAAGCGGCACUGGUACAUUGUACUUUUAAAGAGAAAAUUAUUUUUUGUACUUUUUGUUGGCAACAGCAAAAUGAAAGUUCCUCUUUAAAAAUGUAAUAUGUUGAUAUAUUUUGUAAAUAGAUUUGUAUAUAUACAUUUAGAAUCAAAGGAAUAUUGGUCAUUUGAUUUGUCAAAUUUGAAAAUACUUACAAGCUGACCAAAAAUCUUUUUACAGUAAGAUCUGUGCAUGUAAAUACAUGUAAUGAGGUCAAAUCUGGCUACUGUUUGCUUCUGCAUUUAUCUACGUGAUGAUCUGAAAUAAUUCAUUAUAUUGGUUUAUUUCUGAUUAUACAUUUUUGAAAAAGUGAGUUAAGCUAAUGGGUUUGUGGGUAUAUUUGUAUUGUUAAUAUCAAUAAUGACCUAACAAGCAAUUAAUCUUAUAUUAACACCAUUAAGGUUAUGUAUUUGUUUAGUACAAGUAUUUCUCCAGUCUAUUAAAUGAAAUUUCCAAUAUUCUGGCAGUUCAGCUGCUUUAAUAAACUCCAUUAAAACUAUGCAUUCAUAUAGUACUUGUAUUGUUCAGCCCGUUAAGCGGUGUAAAGAAAAAUCCUCAAAAUUACAGUUUUCCCUACAUGUAGGCAUUUUAUUUAACUUUACACCCCAGUCGAUGUUCCCCAAACUGCCUAACCAUUCGAUCAAGAAAUAACAGUCAAGCUAGCAUAUGAUAAGCCGUCGGACAAGCCAUGGGGUUGCCAGUUAGUAAUACCCUGACUUUUUUGCCCAGUGCUUGCCCCGUGGGUGUAUUUUGGGUAAUCCAGUAUUUUUCUAAUAAGAUUGGGCAUCUAUACAUACUUUUAUUGGAAAUAACCACCCAAUAAAUACUUUUGUGACAAUGUAUCUUUAAGAGAACUCCUGUUGAAAUUCAGAAAAUUUUUACUGUGGAUUUCAGAAUUAUUUCAUUCUCUGUUUAUGUUCAAAUUUAUGAAAUCGUGUUAUUGAAGACAAUGGAUUUCCGUAAAAUUCAGUAGGGCGGUGUUCAGAUUUGUUCAAAUGAAGAUGCACUUAUAAGGGGCAAAUUUAGGUAAUCUUUAAAUGUCUUCUUCGUAUUGAGAAUGGCUGAAUAGUUUUCCUUAACUGGAAUAAAUUUAAUUCUGAAUCCAAAUUUUCUUUUAAUGAAAUAAAGUGUACAAGUUAAUAAUAGGUGUUUCAAUGAUGUGAUCUCUAUUUUGUGGUUUAUGCGUAUUUUCGAAAUGAUGCUAAAUAAAAUUUUAAUUGGAUUAAUGAUUCCUUUAUCACCACACUAAUCCUGUAUCAUACAUGUAUAUAAUUAUUACCCAUACAUCAUGAAAUAUGCUUUUAUAGACCCACAUUGAAAUGUCAUAUUACUGUUCGUCCCAGUUAUAGAGUUAUUUCCCUUGAUCAUGUCACAAAACCAUGUAAAGGCACUAAUGCAGUUAUACAGUAUAAAGAUGUUGCUUUUUAUUUACCUAAGGUUUCAGAAUGCAACAACAGCUGGGAUCACAUAGCUGCUGAGGGUACAUAUUGCUGCAUGAAAAAUAAUGGUGUAUAUAAUUAAUUAACUGUUUAUAGGGUUAUAAUGUCAACUGGUGUUUUCAUUUAAUGUCUCGGAUCAGUCAUUAUUAUUUUCUUGAUGGAAGUUGUUAUUGGGAAAUGAUUUUAUUAUUCCAUGAUUAUAGUAGUAAAAUCUUUUAGACAAAAAAGAAUAUUAAUAGUACACAACAAAAGAAAUGAAUUUGAAUUGUUAGUAUUGUAUCUAGUACACAAAAAUAGAGCAGAAUUUGAAUAACUGUUUGUUUUAUUAGUCUUAAGUGUGGGUUCAGAAUUAAUGGAUAAAUUUUGAUUUAGUAGUAAAGAUAUAUCUGUAUUUGUGAUUAUGUAUAUUAAGACUAUAUUGUUAAUAAAUUUACAGCAGUACAUUCAACACAUUGAAGUAUUUAUUUUUCCAUUUCAAAUGUUGCUCAUUUUUAUUUUGAAUAUUGACAAGAAAUAAUAGAAGUAAUAUAUAUAAAGGUUAAUAGGAAAAAUGUACUAAUAUACAAAUCUUUUGUUUAAUUAAAAUUGUACAUUCAUUUUCAUUUAUUUAUAUUAUGUAAAUAUGUAUUAUGUUAACAUGUAUUUA